AUGGAAAUCAUUACGGAGAGGUUCUGCUCGAACCUUUUCCGUUCAUCAACUCCUGUGUCAAGCCCGAUCAUCCCCACUGAUGAAGCUCCACCACGGAUUCUCCCUUCGGAAGUACGAGUCGCUACCAAGAUCAUGAAACUUGGCACAGCCCCCGGACCUGAUUCUAUAUCAGCAGACUUUCUUCGGGCUCGUCUUCAUCCGCUUCAUGGAAUUGUAGCAGCGCGCAUGACUUCCUGUCUUCAGAGAGAAAGAAUCCCAGACCAGUGGAAGACCUCGCGAACCGUUCUUAUCCAUAAGAAAGGUUACCGAGAGGACCUUCGGAACUACCGUCUGAUAUGCUGA